AUGGCAAGUUCUUCUGACCCAAGCCGAACCUCCCCCAAGAGAAGCAGAUUCUGUCCAUGUCUUCCCCCGUUCUCGAAGAGCUCCCCCAAGAACAUCCCUCCCCAAACGGCGGAUAUCGUGGGAGAGCCUAAUCUAGCCAGGAGCCAAGGCAUUGACCCAACUUCAGAAAACAGUUUAAAGGACAUCAGAGGACCUGGCAGCCACGACAAAUCAUCGUCAUUGCCUCGCGAUAACACGGAAGAGGCACCCAACAUGGCUUUGGAGAAAACAAUCAACAAGGGCGAUCCUGCGCCAGAUAACGCCAAUUCUUCACCCAUAAACCCGCAAACUUCAGAAAGUAAACCUUCAUUCAAGCUUGUCGUCACGGGUUACAAUGUAUCUUCAACGAGUGACCAUGCCCAAAGUCAAGAUCAUCCUAUCUCUUCUCCGGCGGAAGCUUCAAACAGUAAUGCAAAACCACCAAAGAUUCCCGGGCAAUCCAUAUCGGCUUCUCAAGUUGGUCAGCCGCAGUCGAAUAAUCCUCCGAUCACAGAGGAUUUGGGAAUUCAAGAUAGCCAACCAGACGUGGGGGGAGGGCCUGAUAUACCUAUACCAGAGUCCUUUCGAGAUGAAGAACCAUAUUCUUCUUGCCUAAACGAAGAGGAUUAUGGCAGAGAAGAAGACUACGACCAAGAGCAAGAUUACGGCUCAGAGCAAGACUACCACUCAGAGCAAGAUUACGACCAUGAUCAAAAGAAUGGCAAAGAAAAAAAGCCUGGUAAAGAACAAAAGCAUGGCAAAAAACAAAAACCUAGCAAUGAUCCAACUGCCAGUGGCCGCUCAUCCCCUGACUCUACUGCUUCAGACCUUGUAUCUGACCGCCUGGUCGCUAUCGACUUCACAGUCUACCGCACCGAAUAGUACUCGAGGUAUCAAUGGUGUCCAGCACGAAGCUUCUUUAGCAUGUCACUUGCAGAAAUUAUAGAAGAGGUGCAUUUCGAAAAACAUAGCGGCAUAACUAUCUCCCUCGAAUGUACUGUUGGGGAAGAAGAUCUGGUAUAUCGACGGAAAGCUCGUACUGAAGAGAGGUUUCGUGUGUUACAGCAGAGGUUAAAACGUCUUAUUGACACUUUAAAAGACGAAACUCCACCAAACAAGAAGGGAGAUCCAAUUUUCGAGAUAGUCAUCGAAAGUCUUGGCUCAAGACGUUGGACCUCUUAAAUUGAUGUGUGAUCUUCGGGCAAUCCUGGACUCAGGAGAGCUUGAGUUCGGAGGCAGCUACCAGCAUCUUAGUUGAAUCCGGAUAAUAAAGCGUUGUUUGUCACAUGAUAAAUGCCUUAUUAUUCACCUCAUAUUGCGUACAGAUUCAACUGAAUGAAUGACGAAAGA